GCAGGUACUUCAUAUAAACCUCCGAACCUGCAAAUACAUUUCUGCAUAUCUAUAUCCGUACUUCCUUCUCUCCACUCCACCAACUCAUUAGAUCAUCCUCGCCAAAUAUUCAUCAUGUCCGGCCAAAUCACCCGCGUCACCCUCUUCAAGAUCCCCAAGGCGGAAGAUCAACAGCACCUCGUUGACCUCUACAAGCAAAUGCCCCAGAAAGCCACAAAGGACGGAAAGCCUUAUAUCGUGUCUGUUCAAGCUGGAAAAGCGAAAGCAGACCAACGAUCCCAAGGCUUCACAAUCGUGGCUAUCUCAACAUUCGCAUCUCAGGAGGACUUUAACUACUACGAUACUCAAUGCGCAGCGCAUCUUGAGUUGAGGACUUUUGCAAAGAGUGUUAACGAGGGCGUUGCGAUGAUUUACUUUGAGAACGAGGUUCUAUAGAUUAAAAUAAGAUUCUCAUAUUAAGCCUUGGAA